ACUUUUUAUGCUAAUACUCUUUUGGUACCUGAUAGGAACCCCCAAUGACUCCUGAAAUGCCUCAGGCCAAGCGGCGACGCACUGAUUCAAAGGCUAUUGAUAAUGAAAUCCCUACCGCCAGCACUAGCCCCAGCGGCCACCACGCACCGAUGGUGGCACACUUCACAGUCAGCCACUACUUCGCCGCUGCCGAUUAGCCAGCCCCCACUGCCGCAUUACUCGGCAACUACCCUGGCAAUGGCGAAUCCGUCGCUGUCAUACCCAUACCACUACUCACAGCCGGCAUACUCGGCCUCGCAACAAUAUGUGCACGAGCAGCAACGUGCCGAGAGCGCAGGCAUGCUGUCAGCUGAGCAGCCGCAGUCCGCAGUCGCAGCACAGCCAGCAACAGCAAGUGGGAUCGAUUCAUUCGGCAGUUACUGCGGCAAGCUCGCCUGCUGACGCUGUAGCCAUGGCAGUAGCCAAUUCGCGCGCCUUGAUGACCAUCCCGUCAUGCCAGCCUGCAGUGCUGCCAGCCAUUUCAGCCUCCAUCUC